AUGGAGAGCAAAGCCGCCAUCUCCCACGUCGAGAUCAGCACCGGAGGCAGCGUCGACAAGCUUGACGAGAGCGCCAGCUUCACGAACCCAUCCCAUGAUCGCGCUAUCGCGCUCGCCAUGGCGCGCGCUGCCGACCCGGGGCCGCGCGCGUUCUCGCCCCGCGCCAUCCAGCUCCUGUGCAUCGUCCUCGUCGUGUGCAUGUGCUCUGGCGACUCGGGGUUCGACGGAACCGUCAUGGGCGCCAUCAACAGUAUGAUCCAGUUCCAGGCCUACUUUGGCCUUGAGGGGGCUGCCAAGAGCACCGGUAUUGUUUUCGGUAUGUACACUGUCGGUCAGGUCGCCGCUGCGUUCCUCGCCGCCUACCUCCCCGACAAGUUUGGUCGUCGCUGGGGUAUGUUCAUUGGCAACAUUAUCCUCGUGGUUGGCGCAUUCCUCUGCGGCUUUAGCAAGAACAUGGGCAUGUUGCUCGCCGGCCGCUUCCUCGUUGGUAUGGGCUGCUCGGCCGCUGCCGCCGCAGGCAAGUCGUACCUCUCCGAGAUCACUUCGCCGUGGAACCGCGGCCGCUACAUGGGUCUCCAGAACUCGUUCUACUACGUCGGGCAACUGCUCGCAUCCGGCAUCGCCAUCCCCAUGGGCCGUAUGGCGACCGAUUGGUCGUGGCGCGUCCCCAUGAUCCUCCAGUGCAUGCUCGCCGUUAUCAACAUUGCCUUUGUCCUGUUCCUCCCCGAGUCACCGCGCUGGCUCUUCUCGCGUGGUCACGAGGAGGAGGCCAUCAAAAUUCUCGCAAAGCUCCACUCGCAGGACAACGACGUCAACUCGCCUCUUGUGCAGAUGGAGGUCUCCGAGUUCCGCGACUCGAUCGCACUGGACGGUGCCGACCAGCGCUGGUGGGACUUCCGCCCGCUCUUCAACAGCCACUCUGGCCGCUACCGCUUCGGCAUGUGCGUCAUUGUGUCGUGCUGGGGCCAGCUCAGUGGUAACGGUCUUAUCACCUACUACCUCCCGUCUCUCCUCCAGCUUGCCGGCAUUGUCAACCGUGACCGCCAGCGUGUGCUCAACUUUGUCAACUCGAUCACCUCGUUUGCCGCCGCUCUCACGGGUACUGCGAUUGUCGACAAGGUCGGCCGGCGCAAGCUCAUGCUCACCGCCGCAAUUUCGUGUACUUGCGGAUUGGCGAUUGUCGCAGGUCUCCUCUCCGACGCCGGCCACAAGAACGCCAUGCGCGCCAACGCCGGCAUCACGUUCAUCUACCUGUUUAUGAUGUGUUACAGCUUUGGUUGGACACCAUUGCAAGGCCUGUACCCGGCCGAGUGCCUUGCGUUCGAGGUGCGCGCCAAGGGACUUGCGCUGCAGGGCUGGUUCACCAAUGUUUUCUCGCUCAUCAACACUUUCGGCCUCCCCAGCGCCCUCAAGGCCCUGAGCUGGAAGACGUACCUCAUCUUCAUGGUGUGGGACAUUGUGGGCGUCGCGGUCAUCUAUCUGUUCACCGUCGAGACCAAGCAGCUGUCGCUCGAGGAGCUCGACGAGGUGUUCGAAUCCAAGAACCCGAAGAAAACUUCGUUUGCGCUCUCCGCGGCUGCCCGCGAACGCGCGGCCGAGGAACGCAAGGUGCUGGCCGCUGCGGGUCUCUAG